AUGCCAUCACCCUCACCUCGGGCUUACCGACCAUCCUCAUCUUGGGCGUUAUUGAGGCAUUUGAGCCUAAAGAACCAAACCAAUCAACCAUCCAUCACAUCUUCCAAGACGAUCAUCCAUAUAUAUUUAAUGAAUUUAGCGGUGAUAUCAAUACUCCUCCUUGCUAUGAGUGUAGGCUCUAGUUUGGCACAAACCAGAACAAUAACGGUUUCUACCUUUGUCGAUGAAGAAAAUUUGAAAGCCUCACCCGAUCAGCUCGGAUAUUCAUUAGCGUGUAAUCAAGAUGGUUACGUACUGGCAGCAUCAGCCUAUGGACGAGCAUCCUAUGCUGGAAAUGUAUUUAUUUACGACAAGAAUUUGAACACCUACAAAAUAGACUGGAGACCCAGCAGCAGCGAUAACAGUGCACAAGAUGAAUUCGGGCAAUCGUUGGGAAUGUCCUAUGACACUCGUUACCUUGUGGCUGGAGCCGACUCGAACACGGUAUUAGGGAAGACCAAUGCCGGCUCGGCAUAUGUGUUUUAUCGCAGUGCUCUCAACCUAAGAUUCGAUCAACAGGCACAGUUACAAGCCAGCGAUGCCCAAGCAGAAGAUUACUUUGGGUUUGCGACUGCCAUCUCUGGUGACGCGAAUACUGUUGCAGUAGGAGCUGUUGCCACGACACACCCUACCACUAAGGCAACCGAGUCAGGGGCAGUCUACAUUUACACAAGGUCAGGAACCUCAUGGCCUCAACAAGCCAAAAUCAUGUUGAGUGAUGCCAAAGACUAUGACUACUUUGGAUGGACUGUUGCCUUGUCACACGACGGCAAUACGUUAGUGGUAGGUGCACAAGGAGUGUCUUACGACGGUGUCAGAUUUAUGGAUGUAAACUCUACUGAUCCAUCAGCACCUCUUCUCAACAAUGCUGGGGCUGUAUUUGUGUAUACAAGAUCCAACUCUCAGUGGACACUCUUGCAAGUACUAAAAGCCUCCGACGCAGCCUCAUGGGAUCAAUAUGGACGAACUGUAACCAUCUCUGCAGAUGCCAGACUCAUCAUUGUUGGAGUCAUGUACAAGAAUGUGAAUGGUGCCACCAAUGCUGGCCAAGUCUAUGUUUAUGAGAAGAAUCAGGUGUCUGGAAUGUACGAAGAAAAAGCAAAGCUUACAGCGUCUGAUCCUGCCGAGUUCGACUACUUUGGAAGUUCUGUCUCGUAUUCAAGUAUGAACGACACCAUUGUAGUGGGAGCCUAUCGAAAGACCAGCGAAGACGGAACAAAAACCUACGCAGGAGCCGUCUACGUUUUCACAAAUCCUGAUUCCAAUGGUUGGACAGAAAAAGCCAAAUUGGUGGCUAGCAACGCUGAAGCUCAUGAUGAUUUUGGUUAUGCAGUGGCCUUAUCUUUGAAUGCUUAUACUCUCUUUAUUGGUGCACCAGGAAAGACCUUGAACGGUGUAGGAAACACUGGUGCUGUGUAUUUCAUGGAUCUUACUUCAAUCGUUCAAGAGUGGGGUUCUGGUGGCUCCUCAGUGAUUGCAGCUUAA